CGGAACUUAAUCAACCUACACACUAUUCGAUGGUAUCAUUAUCGAUUUAUUUCAUUCGAUUCGUUUAUUUUUCUCUAUUUUUUUUACUCGAAAAUUUUUUUUGUGCAUCAUUUUAGGUUAAAUGAAACUUGGGUUUGUCUUUAUAAAUUUACUGCCACUGUGUUUGCUUGAAUGAAUGCACCAAAAAGAACAAAACCAAACAAACAAACAAAUCGUUGUCGAUAAAUAUAUUUUUUUUUUAUAAAUCAUGAAACAUACAACCAUAAUUAUUACGAUAAUAAUUAUUAAAUUGUUUGUAAUCAUUAAUGUCGCAUCAACAGCUGUAAUCAUACAUUCAUUGGAUGGUAAUGAUUGGAAUGUUUUUGAUUCGAAUAAACGAUCAAACAGUAUACCAGCUAAAGUACCUGGUACUAUUUAUUCGGAUCUAGUAAAUGCCGGUAUUCUUAAUGAAUUAUAUAAAGAUUUUAAUGAUGUUAAAUAUCGUUGGGUUUCCUAUUCAAAUUGGACAUAUAGUAAAAGUUUUGAUUUACCGAAAAAAUUAUUAAAUUAUGAUCAAAUUUAUUUAACCUGUCAUGGUUUGGAUACAAUUGCCAAUAUAACAUUGAAUGGUUAUCAAUUAGAUUCGGUGGAUAAUCAAUUUGUUCGUUAUCGAUUUUCAAUAAAAAAUUUACUUAAAGAACAACAAAAUGUUAUACAAAUUAGUUUUACAUCUGCACCUAUUUAUGCACGGGAUUAUUUUCUUCGAAACAAAUAUCCAAUUCCACCAGUUUGUCCACCUGAAUCUCAACAUGGUGAAUGUCAUCCGAAUUUUAUACGAAAAAUGCAAUCAUCAUUUUCCUGGGAUUGGGGACCUGCAUUCCCAACACAAGGAAUUUGGCAAUCAAUUUCAAUUGAAGCUUAUAAUAAUGUAUUGAUUCGUACUAUAUCUGCCAAUACUGUUUAUGAACAACAAUCAAAUCAAUGGUUAUUGAAUGCAACAGUUUGGUUAGAAAGUCGACCAAAAUCUUUAAUCAAUGCAAAUCUAACCAUAUCAUUGGCUGAUCAAUUAUUAGUUGUAAAAGAAUUUCAAACACAAUUUGAUUCAGAUGGUGAAACUUUUGUUAAUGCUUUUAUUUUAAUACCAAAAGAAAUGUCAAUCAAACCAUGGUUUCCAAAUGGUCUUGGUGAUCAAAUUCUUUAUCGAUUAAAUGCUACAAUUCAAAUCGGUAAUGAGGAAAUGUCGAACAAACAAAUCGGUAUUGGUUUUCGAACAAUAGAAUUAGUACAGGAUCGAUUGAAUGCAUCCGUUGAAGCUUAUUCUUUUUAUUUUCGUGUAAAUGGUGUACCAAUAUUUGCUAAAGGUUCAAAUUGGAUUCCGGCACAUGUAUUAAAUGAAAAUGUAAAACCGGAAUAUGUACAAUUUUUAUUGUGGUCAGCUAAAGUUGCCAAUAUGAACAUGUUACGUGUUUGGGGUGGUGGUAUUUAUGAAUCCGAUUAUUUUUAUCAAUUAGCCGAUGAAUAUGGAAUAUUAAUCUGGCAAGAUAUGAUGUUUGCCUGUGCACUUUAUCCAACUGAUCAAAAAUUUAUUCAAUCAGUUUCGAAAGAAAUCCGUCAACAAGUUCGUCGUUUACAUCAUCAUCCAUCGAUAGCAAUCUGGGCUGGUAAUAAUGAAAAUGAAAUGGCUAUUUCACAAAUGUGGUGGAUGGAAUUAGCAUUACAUAUGAACGAAUAUAAACGUGAUUAUCAUCAGCUUUAUAUCGAUACAAUUAUGCCAAUCAUUUUGCAGGAAGAUGUUUCACGACCAUUCGUUUCAUCCAGUCCAUCGAAUGGUAUUGUUAGUCAACGAGAAAAUUAUUUAUCAACCGAUCCACAAAAUAAACGAUAUGGUGAUAAUCAUCAUUAUGUUGUGUUUGUUGAUGCUUGGGAUUGGCGAUUAGCACCAAGUUCAAAAUUUGUUUCCGAAUAUGGUUUUCAAUCAUUACCAUCUUUAGAAUUAUUACAAAAAUAUCUUAGCGUUGAAUAUUUGAAAUAUCCAUUCAAUGAAGGAUUAAUACAUCGUGAACAUCAGAUGAAUGGAUUGGCCUAUUUGAAUGACUUCAUGGAUCGACAUUUUCCAUUACAAACAAAUAUAACCGUACCAAGUAUUGAACAUUUAGAAGAUUUUAUCUACAUGUCACAAAUAUUUCAAUCGAUGGCUAUCAAAAUACAAACUGAAUUUUAUCGUCGAAAUCGUAAAAUUGAUUAUCAUACAGGUGAAGGAUUUACAAUGGGUGCACUUUAUUGGCAAUUGAAUAAUAUUUGGCCAGGAUUUUCUUGGUCAUCGAUUGAAUAUGAAGGCAAAUGGAAAAUGUUACAUUAUUAUGCUAAACGUAUGUUCGAUGAUCUAUUAGUGGAUGUUUAUGAAGAUCAAGAUUUUCUUAAUGUAAUCAUUGUACGUGAUGAUCAUUCACAUGUAACCAGUUUUACUGUCGAUAUUGAAGUUUAUGAUUGGUCGAAACAGGAACCAAUAUAUACACAACGUAUUAAUUGUCAAACUAAUCCAUUCGAUGUAACCAUAGCAUUCAAAAUGAAUAUGAAUGAAUUUCUUCGAAAAUCUCGAUGUAAUGAUCGUGAUAAUUGUUUUAUAAAUGUACGAUUAAAUGGUACUAUUAAUGGACAACUGUUGCAAAGAGAUAAUUUCCUAUUGUUAGGUUAUUUGAAAAAUGCAAAAUUACCCAUUGAUCCGAAAAUAUUUUUACAAAAAAUCGAUGGUCCAUAUCGACGUGGUGGUGUACAUGUUUAUGAUAUUGAAUUGAUUACCGAUAAAAUUGCACCAUUCAUAUGGAUAAAUAUAGUAAAUAAUUCAUCAUUAUUUAGUAUUUUUUCCGAUAAUGGUUUUCAUUUAAUCAAACAGAAAAAAUUACAAAUUUUUAUAUCUGAAGACAUUCCAAAAGAAAUGAUUCGAUCAUCAUUACAAAUCAAAACAAUUAAUAAUCUUGUUAGGAAAAAAUGAUGAUUAUAAA